GGUGCGGCGGGCCGGGGCGCAGGGGGGGUCCCGGCCUUGUCUUGUAAAUGCCCCCUCCAGGCAGGGCGGCUGCUGAGCCGAUUUAAACCCCCGCACCUGGGCCCGCCUCCGUUCCUGAGCUGCUUCCCGCGGCCGGAGGCGACCCCGGCCGCCUUCCCUCGUGUCAUGGCCCCCAAGCGCCAGGCCGCGCUCACCCCGCCGACCAAGAAGGCCCGACCGCCUCCGGGCCCCAAAUCCGAGGCAGCGUCGGCCGCGCCGGGCCUGCCCAAGGGAGAAAAAGAACAACAAGAAGCAAUUGAACACAUUGACGAAGUACAAAAUGAAAUAGACAGACUUAAUGAACAAGCCAGUGAGGAGAUAUUGAAAGUAGAACAGAAAUAUAACAAACUCCGCCAACCAUUUUUUCAGAAGAGGUCAGAAUUGAUCGCCAAAAUCCCAAAUUUUUGGGUAACAACAUUUGUUAACCAUCCACAAGAGGAUUUGACGAAACGUUCAAGUCAAACACAGAAUAAAGCCAGUAGGAAGAGGCAGCAUGAAGAGCCUGAGAGCUUCUUUACCUGGUUUACUGACCAUUCUGACGCGGGUGCAGAUGAGUUAGGAGAGGUCAUCAAAGACGAUAUCUGGCCAAACCCAUUGCAGUACUAUUUGGUUCCUGAUAUGGAUGACGAGGAAGGGGAGGGAGAAGAAGAUGAUGAUGAUGAUGAAGAAGAAGAAGGAUUGGAAGACAUUGAUGAAGAAGGGGAUGAGGAUGAAGGUGAAGAGGAUGAAGAUGAUGAUGAAGGGGAGGAAGGAGAGGAGGAUGAAGGAGAAGAUGACUAAUUGAAUACUGAUGGAUUCCAACCUUCUUGUUUUUCCUUUUUUUUUUUUUUUUUUUUUUUAAAUUUUCUCCAGUCCCUGGGAGCAAGUUGCAGUCUUUUUUUCCCCCCUCUUGUGCUCAGUCGCCCUGUUCUUGAGGUCUCUCUUCUCAAACACCAUGGUUCUCGACUUACUUUGUGGGGAGAAACCUUGAGCAGAAUGCAGUGGGAAAAGGAUCUCUACAACCUUCUGUUCUAAAUUCAUUUUGAUCCCUCCUGUCUCCACACAAACUUUUUGGAAUCAGCACCACCGUGCUCUGUGGGAAAAAAGAAAACUCUCCGCUCCCUUCACUCUGCUGGAAGCUGGAGGGUGCUCGGCCCCUGUGUAGUAGUGCAUAGAAUUCUAGCUUUUUUCCUCCUUUCUCUGUAUAUUGGGCUCAGAGAUUACACUGUGUCUCUAUGUGAAUAUGGACAGUUAGCAUUUACCAACAUGUACCUGUCUACUUUCUCUUGUUUAAAAAAAGAUAAAAAAAAAACUUAAAAAAAUGGGGUAUAGAAGGUCAGCAAAGGGUGGGUUUGAGAUGUUUGGGUGGGUUAAGCGGGCAUUUGACAACAUGGCUUCUCCUUUGGCAUGUUUAAUUGUGAUGUUAACAGACAUCCUUGCAGUUUAAGAUGACACUUUUAAAAUAAAAUUCUCUCCUAAUGAUGACUUGAGCCCUGCCACUCGAUGGGAGAAUCAGCAGAACCUGUAGGGUCUUAUUUGGAAUUGACAUUCUCUAUUGUAAUUUUGUUGGUUUAUUUUAAAAUUUUUUUGUUUUCACUGGAAAGGAAAAGGUGAUGCGCAGUUUUAAACGUUCAAAGUGUACAAGUUGCUUUGUUACAAUAAAACUACAUGUGUACACAAAGGGUUGGAUGUUUUCUCUCAGAAUGGGUGUACCACAGGGCCUCCCAAGUUUGACUUGUAAAAGCCCCGUUGUCAGACUUUGUUACCUAACUCCGUAUUUUUUGAUAUACGCACUUUGCAGGACGACCUCAGGGCUAUGUAGAUGGAGUUAAAGGGAUUUGAAUCAAUGUCUUAAUGUCUCCACAGCUGGGAAACGGUACAGUUUGCCAGUGAUUUCUGAUUUGAAGUACCAGAAUCCGAGCUGAGUUCAGGUUGUACUCUUCUUAACCUUCAAUUGGCAGCUUUUAAAAUGGCCCUCUGUGUACCCAGAAGUAGUAGGCACAUGCUCUGCCAUCCUCACGCAGGCCUGGUGCUCCGGUGCCUCUCUUGCCUGUGGGGCAGCUGCUGGCGUGUGUGUUGGGGCCGCAGCAGCGUCCAGCCACAGAAGGGGCGCUCCAAGGGUCAGGAGCGCUUUUGUCUCCGGAGCCCCGGGGGUCCAGGAGGAAAUGGAGAUGCCACUGUGAAUCUGGGUAGGACGGGACGGCAGACUGCCCAAAGCCACCGGGCAGAGUAAUGUUUUGAGAGGCUUCCUAAUGCGUAAGCUUUUCACUGCUGUAAAAUAGAGCUGAAAUUAAGUGCCAUUUUUUCAGAGGUGAAUUAAUGGACAGCCUAGUCAAAUUCAAAGCUUUUUGAUGUGUAAAACUUUAUAAAUUGAAUUCCAUCAAUAGGCAAAGUGUAACCCUAACCUGUCUAGAUGGAUAGUGUGUGAUUUCUGCACAGGUCUCUGUUUUAGUGAAUUCAUCACUGUAUACUGGUCAGGAAUCUUGCUCCAAUAAAGGAACAUAAAGUUUUU